AUGAAGGUCUCUACAAGUCUCAUUGUAGCAGCUGCGUUCCUUGCAUGGACCACUGAGGUCGAAGCCGAGUCCACGGACUCGUACGCCUUAAAAAGCGACUCGCCCGUCGACCCAAGCGGGGAGCUAACACCAUUGGCGACGUCGGGGUCCGAAGCAGUAGCCGAGACGUCGGACGAGUGGACGCAAUCAGCUGUGGACGGCGGUAGUGCCCCUGCAGGCGGUCUUACGACGGAAGCGCAAGACGAAACGACUUUAGAGCAAUCGACUGAGCAAUCGACUGAGCAGUCGACUGAGCAGUCGACUGAGGCAUUGGGUUCCUACUCGUCCGACACGCUCGAGUCGGCUGCACCAUCGUCGGAACUCGAGGACGAACCGUUGGAGUCAACGGCCGACCCGUUGACCGACGACGCGCUGGGCGGCGGUUUGACCGCGACGAGUUCCGCUGGGGACGCUACGGAAACGGGUUUGUUCGACGCGCCGCUGCAGACGGAAUCGUCCGACUUGUCCGAGUCCACGGGUUCCACCGGUAUAGCUGCAGGAUGGACUCCAACCCACUUGUCCGACGAAUCUGCAGGCGACGACGACGUGUCCGAAGAGUCCGGUCUAGCCGACCUGUCCGAAGCGUCUGAAGUAGCCGACACGUAUGAAGCGUCUGGAGUAGCCGACACGUAUGAAGCGUCUGGAGUAGCUGACACGUAUGAAGCGUCUGGAGUAGCCGACUCGUCCGCCAAGUCGGACGUGUCGACGGAGCAGACCGCGUCUGAAGGUUUGUUCUCGGACGAGGCCAAGUCGAUCUGGAUCGAGCGUCACAACUACUUCCGCAAGACAGCUUUGCCGUGGGCAUCUGGAAACAUGCGCCGAAUAGGUUGGGACGAUGAAUUGGCAACGAGCGCUACGACAGCAGCGACCAGCUGCUCGGCGACAACGACAAGUGGCAUGAACGUCUACGAGUCUACGUCGAGCGACCCGUCAGUGGUGCUGGAAGAAGCGGUGAAUGCCUGGGUCAUCGAGCCGGCGUUGAAAAACAUUGGCAUUGUCGUGCCACCGGCAGCAGAAGGCGAUCCAGUGGGUGCGGGACUGUACAAUGCCUACUCACAGGUCGUUUGGGCCUCGACCACGAGCGUUGGAUGCGGUAUGGCCAGUUGCUCGGAGGGUAUGAUGGUCGUGUGUGAAUACUCUCCGGCAGGAAACGACGGCGAGUCCGAGUGGUUCGUCCAUCAUGCGCAGGCAAUGCACUGUCCAGACGGAACGGUAGCCAGCAACGGUCUCUGCAUUGUCGAAGGAGACAAGGCAAACGACUUGAUUGCACCGAUUCCUGAUGACAAGCGAAGUGAUCAGGUGUACCCGACGUUCGUAGCCGAUAUCAUGGAGACGAUCCUAGAGGCUGCCAAGGCGAGGGACGCGCCUGGAGCGAACUCUGUCGCGAUUACCACGGGAGGCAAUUCGUCGUCCUCGUCGUCGUACGAUUCGACUUUGGGUGCGGAUCCCGAGCAAACGUCUCUGGGCACCUCAGAUUCUGCAACGUCCGACUUGACGGACGAUACGUUGGGGUUCGUGGCCGACUCGUCUUCUUCUACUGCAUCGUCGGCUGACCAGACUUCAGCUGACAUUGAAGGUGGCCUUGAUGCCACCUUUCCCUCGGACGACGCGACUGCUACCCCGAGCUCGUCGAUAGAAGACGGCUCGACGUCGCAAUUGUCCGAACUUUUACCGACACAAGAUUCCGAGACCGCCAUGUCGGGCGAGGGGACGACCGAUUCCUCGUCAUUGUCGGAAUAUUCGCCAAGCUUAGAGACCACUUUGGACGGUGAAAAAGACUCGACGUUGGCUGACACGGGCUAUGGCUUCGAGCCGUCCACCGAGUCUUCCGUGGCCGAUUCAGAGGCGAUUACGGGCAAGGUGAAGCCGAGUUUUGAGACGGGUUCGUCGUUCGGGAACCAGGAGACGGAAUCGGCUACGAGCGGCCUCGACAGCACUUAUAGCACUGACACAGGCGAGCAAGAGGACCCGACGGUGGAAGAAGGUGUGACGGAGCCAACGGAGGACGAAGUGGCGACUCUUCCAGUGUCUUCCGACCUGGAAUCCGUGUCUGCGCUCUCGGUGGACAACGAGAGCCCGAGCUUUAAGAGCAAAGCCCCCGUGUCAGCAGCAGCUUUCGCUGGAAUGGCUGUGGCCGGUGUCGUGGCCGUCGUCGCUCUGGCCGUGUUUGUGAGCUACCGCAAGAAUCAGCAACGACAGCGCGACAUUAUGUACGACGGCGGGAUUCACGUCAUUUGA